AUGCCUUCCGUUUCUAAUCCUAAUGCAACUCCACAAACACCAAUCACCAAUCAAUCAAUCCCUUCGGUUUCUAAUGCAACUCCACAAACACAAUGCUCUAACCAACCUAAUGAUAAUGUUGACUUGAAGGAUCUUCCAAAGGACCCGGCGGAUAGGCCAUUGAUUACAAGUUACAAACCAAAUAUAAGAGAUGAUGUAAGAAGAGCAUAUUUGCUUCAAGGACCGUGUCAAGAUAGUGCAUAUUGUUUAUAUUGUUAUUUGUGUGGGAACCUCAUGGGACAAAAAGGAGGGAGAGAUGCAUUUGUUUCUCAAGAAAAUGCUCCAGAAAACAAUCAACUAAUUUCCCCUAAAAUUCAAAAAGAACUUGUGCAAUGUUUUGCACAAGAAGUACUUUUGAGUUUUCAUGAAGAGAUUGGUCAAGAUGUUUUUGCUUUACUAGUUGAUGAAUCUAGUGAUGUUUCAAAAAAGGAACAAAUGGCUAUUGUUUUGCGUUAUGUCGAUACUCUUGGCUUUGUGAAAGAAAGAUUCAUAGGUCUAGUGCACGUGAAGGAUACGUCUUCUUUGACACUCAAAAACGCCAUAAAUGAAGUACUUACAAGUAAUAAGUUGAGUUUUAGUCAGAUAAGAGGACAAGGUUAUGAUGGGGCUAGCAAUAUGCGAGGGGAAUUCAAUGGUUUGAAAGCUUUGAUAUUACAAGAGAAUGACACGGCUUUUUAUGUACAUUGCUUUGCACACCAACUUCAAUUAGUAGUUGUGGCUGUAGCAAAGAAGCAUGAUGGUGUUAGUGACUUUUUUGAGCAAAUUUCGUUGGUGGUUAAUGUAGUUUGUGCAUUGUGUAAAAGAAAAGACUUACUACGAGAGCAAGCAAGAGAAAGGGUGCAAAAAGGCUUGUGUAGUGGUGAAAUUGAAACCGGAAGAGGGUUAAAUCAAAAGACUACACUUGUUCGAGCGGGAGAAACAAGAUGGGGUUCACAUUUCAACACACUCACAAGUUUGAUGAAGUUAUUUGCGGAUGUUCUUGUAGUUUUAGAUUUUGUGAAAGAUGAGGGAGGGUCAUUGGCAAACCGUCAACAAGCAUCUGGAAUCUUAGCAUAUUUUAAAUCAUAUGAGUUCGUGUUUUACUUACAUAUGAUGUAUGGCAUUUUACACCUCACGGGUACAUUGUCAAAGCAACUUCAAAGAAAAGAUCUAGACAUUUUAGAAGCGGCUUCGAUGGUUAGAGGGACAAUGGAGGCAUUGCAAUCUUGUAGAAACAUAGGGUUUGAUAGCAUUUUGCCAAAAGUAUCCUCUUUUUGUGAAACACACGAAAUUGAUACUUUGGAUAUGGAAGAGUUGUAUAUUGGUGCGAGAAACCGUAGGACUACAAAGACUAAUAGGUUUCAUUUUGAGGUUGAAAUCUUCAACACGGUGGUAGAUAUGCAACUUACAGAAUAUCGGGAUCGAAUUAGUGAAACAAGCACCCAAUUACUAGAAUACAUGGGUGCUUUGAGCCCUUGUGAUUCAUUUGCACAAUUUGACAAAUCAAAGUUAUUGAAGUUGGGUAAGUUAUACAAGUAUGACUUUGAUGAUUCAUAUAUGAUAGACCUUGAAGGACAACUUGAGAUAUUUUAUCACUCUUGCAUCAAAGAUGAGCGCUUCGCUAGUUUGAAAGGAGUUUUCGACCUUUCUCGUUUGAUGGUUAAUACGGGGAAGCAUCGAUCUUAUCCUUUGGUUUAUAAGCUAUUGAAGUUGGCUUUGAUAUUACCUGUAGCGACCGCAAGUGUAGAAAGAUGUUUUUCAAAGAUGAAGCUCUUGAAGACCGACUUGCGUAACAAAAUUGGCGAUGAAUUUUUGAACGACGCGUUGUUGUGUAAUGUCGAGACCGAAGCACUUGCGAAAGUUGAGAAUGAAAAAGUAAUGGAGCGGUUUCAAAAGAUGUCUGCACGAAGAGGACAAAUUUAA